AUGUUCUUAACUGCCACCCGAGCUUUGAUCUACUGUGACAACGAUCUGUCCCGAGCAGCCGAUCUGGCCUUUUCGGACCCGCACAAAUUGGAUAUCCCGCCCCCGACUGCCGAGGAGAACUUCGCUACCAGCGUGCCUCAAGUCAACGCUUCGGCUUCAACCGCCCCCACAGUACCACCAACAGCCAACCUCAGCAACGGUGACAGCCGCUAUGAGCUGAUCGGAAUGAUCAGCCAUAUGGGCAAUUCAACGGCGUCCGGCCACUAUGUUUGUCACAUCAAGCGCUCCGCUCUGUCCAAGGGCGUGCCUGGCGUCACCGCAACCUGUGAGCCCGCGCCCUCGGAGGGUCCGAAUGAGUGGGUUAUUUUCAACGACGAGAAAGUUGCUCGCAGUGAAUGCCCACCCUUCCAACAUGCCUACCUCUACGUCUUUCUGACCAUGGCUGAGAAGUCCGAUGACCUCUACCUCCCAAACGCCGUUAUUGGGCGCAUAAUUCGUGAAGCAGUAAGCCUCCUCUUCCCUUAG